AAUUCGGCAUUCGUUGCUAGCCAGUCGAACUGUUUUGUUAUGGUCAAGUCAAGUGAAUAAAAAUCGAAGAAAAUGGAAAAAGGCCGAAAGUAGUGGCAGGACAUUUGCGACCGGAUGCAAGCGUGCGUGACAAUUAAAAAUUAAAGCCGAGUGAAUAAGCCGGAGGCAGUUAGUUAGAUAAUUGCAGUUGGAGCCGGGAGGCAGUCCAGUAUGUUCUUUCGGCGCGUUUUGGAACGAAAGGAUAGCGCCAGCAAUGCGCCGCUCCCUAUAACGACCACGGAUAGUCCGCAAGUGCACUACAACAGCGAGGACAACGAGAGUGUCACUUACGUGAAUAGUGCCGUCGACAGUGAAGUCAAGGACAGCAAUAACAACCAGUCGGUGGUCGGUGUGGGUGGUGCAGUGCCCGCUGCGAUGAAAAUUCUGCGCCGGGAGGCCCCCAUCGGUGCAGUGCAGCUGACGCCGUUGUGGGAGCACAUUCUCCGCACUCGUCGCCUUCCGGAAUCCAUUUUCCCUAGCGCCAUGUUCGCCGAGUUCCAUGAGCGCCUGCAGGAUCCGGAGUGGCAGGUUCGGCAGCACGCCCUUCGAGUCCUGGUCGAUGUCCUUGUGGUGAUGCAAGACGAGGCCGAUGGUCACAUGGAGCGGGAACAGCUCAUUGGUUUGCUGGUGGAGAACCUAGGCCAUCAGGCGCCAACUGUUCGAAAAGGGGCCCUCGAUUGCCUGCGAGUCUAUCUAGCAGAAACAGCAAUUCCGGAGACAGUCAUGUUGGGAAUCCUUGACGCCGGCCUGACGAAGCAAGCUCCUGCGGAAGUGGAGCACAUGGGUCGUCUUAGCUGCGGGGUUCUCCUAUCCCUGCCGGCCCUGCUACAAUCUACUAUGCACACUCCCCAGAGACACCGCAUCGCACUAAGCACUCUGGAACGAGUGGCUCAGCACAUGGAUCAACUGGCCCAACAGGAAAUCACUUUGAAGGUCUUAACCAAGAUCAGAGAGCUCUUGGGGGUGCACGAGUUCGAAGGCAUUCUGAGUGAUGUUGGUCGCGGCGACGCUCUGACCAAUUAUUAUCAACUUUGUCAGGUUUACGGCGUUUCUGGAAAGCCGAAAAGAGGCGGCGAGGUAAAAGCGGGAGCAUGGCGUGCAUUACCGCGCGAACAAGGUUGGAGAAACAGCACCGCCCUGCAAGGCCUGGACACUUCGCACCACAUCCAGCCAAACUGUCCGGACAAGGGAAAGGUAAUAAUGGAAACGGAGAUCAAGAUCAACGAUGACACAGUGACCAUGCGCAUUCUGGAGGCGGAUACCGAGACCGAAGAAUCCGACAGCCCAGCUAGAAAUUGUUCAAAGGACGAGGAUCUAGUUUGUCAUCCCCUUUUGUCCAGCGCCAACAGCCACCAAGCGCUCGUUGGAGCGGGUAUUGUGCAGGUUAUAAGCGAUUCAGAAUUGGACGAACCGCACGCUAUAAAACCCGUCAGUGUUUCCGAGCCGAGUACUCCCUCUCGGGGCCUAAAGCGAGUCACCUUUGGGGGAGAGAUUGUUAAGAUGCGAACUCCCGAUAGCGAUGCAGCCUCCUCGACGAACAAUUCCCGAAGCCCUGGUCAGGCCAAUCAAAGUGUCACUAUUCUGUCGUUGGGCGAAACACCGAGCCCUCCAUUGGAGGAGUUGCAACCUCUAAGACCCGCUGGCGACAAAAGAACUACGGCUCUAGUGGUGGAGAUUCCUUCGGACAAUACCCAGCCCUUGCCUCCAGCACGACCCUUUAGCUCACAGUCGCCACGGCAUCAGAGCCACACGCCCAGCGAUCCUUCCUCGAGCAGUCCCCGCAAACGGCAGGAGGCCGACGGAAGGUUGUCGCCAUCACCACGAUCUCCAGGAUUCCGCAGCCGCAGCACCAGUCCGACUGGGAGCAACAACAUUAGCCCCAAAGUGCCGCACAAGCAAAUCGAGGUUCUGCACAAUCUGCAGCGCGAUCCGUCUCCACGGUCUCAGCGUCGUUUGGAGGACUUGGGUGGGGAUGUGGAUGGGGAUGGGGAUAGGGAAGCCCACCCUGUGGCAGGAAAUCCCUCUGACUCACCGACAGAGCUGCGGAGAACUAGAACCGCCUCUAUAAUAUCUGCAGAGUCACCAGCCACCCCAAAGUCGUGGGAGGAUCUGGACAUUGUCAACUUUAAGACGCUGAUGGAUCUGCGAUCUGGGGAUUGGCGCAAUCGUCUAAUGGGCAUCGCCCAACUGGAGCUCGCCCUGAGCUCGUCGAGCAACUUGGCCAUCACACUACCGUACCUGGAUAGUCUGCUCAGAACCCUCCUCUCGUCCGAGCGUCACUUCGAUGUGUCCGAGUUGAAGCGCGAGUUGCUAGUUAACCUGAUCUCACGACUGCCCCUGGACAACUUGGAGGAGCGCACACCGCAGAUCCUGACGGGACUGUGUCGCCAGGGCAAUGCUGGAGCGAACCGAGUCUGCAAGGCCCUCAUGCAGCGCCUCCCCGCUGGCACCAUUGUGGCAAAGUUGACAUCACCAGAAUUCCUGCACGCAAAGAGUUCAAAGUUUCGGGACCAUGCGCUUCAGGUGUCCAUCUUCGCCCUGAUGACCUUUCCGGGCACUUGCUUCGACAUCAGCCUCCUGACGGCUCAGACCGUAUACUCUUUGCUCAAUCGCAAGCGACGCGUGCGACAGGCGGCCCUGGAGGUGCUGGCAGUGCUUGCCGAUAUCUCAUCCAUAAACGAGGUCCUAGCUAUUGUCUCGGAGACGACCGCCGGCGUGGAACUUGGACCCCAAGUGCUGGAGGCGGCAAGUGUGCGCCUCUCGCGCAUGCAGCUGCCCAUUGUCACGCCCGACAGUCGUGUGCUCUUUGCUUUUAACCAGAAUGAUCAACCUGGAUCCAGGCGUUCUGGAGCAGAUGUGGACUGGAUCUAUCAGGGGGAGGGCUCCGCCUCGCCAAACACCAUUAAAAGGCGGCGCAUGCGGGCUGCAACCAGUCAGCGCGACGUAUUGGAGAGCACGGAGGCAAAAAACAAGAAGGAUGGGUUCCACAGCUCAUUUUAUAAGCAUACGAUUAUUGAAAUGCGAUCUCUCAGUUUCAGCCAGGUUAACGAGGGCCUGCACCGCCAUUCCUUCCACUCUCCCCCAGAAACUUUGGACAUGACUAGCCCCACAAAUGACUUUUCGCAAAGAUUAAGUUUUGGCGCUAAGACUAAUAAUGGAACUCAUUCCUUUAUGGACCGUCGCUUGGUGGCCAAGGCGUGCUCUGACACUUCCAUGGAUGGGCGAAGUACUGACAGCACGACCACCACCUGCAGCAGUGGAAGCGCCACAAGCAGCUUCAUCCAGCUCACAUCCCGCACCGGUGGUCAGUUUUCCGGAGCCAACUCAAGAUUUCCCGCCAUGAACCAACAUACAGACUUCGUGAACAAUUUUAUGCGGAGCAUGCAGCGCAGCACCAAAUCCUACUCCGUGGAGGGACCGGCAUACCCCAAGGUCAGUUACUCGAUCCCGAAGUCCCACCAGAUGCCUCGCGGAAAACUCCAGCACCAGCACUCUUUCACAAAGGCGCGAUGCAAUGCAGCUCCGUGUCAAGUAACUUUGCAUAUAGGCUUUGAAAAUGGCAGAUUGAACGAGUCCCCGGGGAGACACCAGAGCAACAUUUCCGCAGACCACCUGGACACCGAGUGCGCCGACGCCGCAAAAUCAGUGGAAACACCGAGGGCAGUUCAGCCCUUGGAAACGGCGGUCAAAGACAUGACAGACGGCUCUCCCCUCUCCGUAAGGUCCACCAGCUAUUCGCAAAAGUCGACAGCCUCGGCGAAGUCGAGUGGCAGCCAAAGCGAGAUGGGCAAGCGGUCAUCCUCAUCCACUGGGGACGGGAACGAGUCAAAGAUGGAAUUUCUGAACCGUCAGCAGGAUCCUGUCGAAGCCUUUGGGGAGUUGGUGGUGGACGACAUUGAGGACGAGACGGAACCUCCUGCCCAUGAGGAGUCGCUUAAGCUGAACGGAAGCGUAAACAGCCUUCACAGCAAAACGGAGAGCAUCAAAACUCAGCUGGAGGACACUACACCGCAACUUUCGCGAGCUCAGUCAGUGAAAUCUCUGCCCAUCGAGGAGGACAUUGAGGGCAGCAACAGUUUCGUGGUAGUCGAAGAAGUACAGCACGAGCUGGAGUCAUCGGCUCCGGAGACGACGCCUGUAAAGGAAUUGCAGGAGCAGGUAGUAGCACCAGCAGAUGUUACAAAGCUGGAUGUUACAAACCAUACCUUUGGCCCUAAGUUGGUUCCAAUGCACGAAGAAAGAGUGAUCCAUUCACGCAGCAUUUCCUUGGACUCGAUUUAUGGGGCACGACCCGGCUCUAAGCAGGGAUCUCUGGACACCAGCACAUGCACCACUGACAACACCUCGCAGUCUGGAUCUCAUUUGGGAAACAUGAGUAUCCCCGGGAAGCUACAGCACACCCCGCUCAAGCAGAAGUCGAAGACGUCGUACUUGCUGCGUGCUCAGAGACGGGUCUCGCCCGUAAAGCAGGCUAUCAAGAUGUCCCAGGCGGAGCUCUUCCCGCAGAAUAUGGCGCGCUUUGAUAAGCCCCGCGAGGCUUUGCUCAAGACGUUUGACCAGCUGGACUCCAGCAACUGGGAGACGAACAUGACCGGAUUGAAAAGCAUGGUGCGAAUGAUCCGCUACCAUACCGACACUCUGGACAAUCAGAUGCACAUGACCUGCAUCCAGCUCACCCGCUCAGUCCGAAAUCUGCGCUCCCAAGUGGCUCGAGCUUCCUGCCAAGCAGCUGCAGAGUUGUUCUCCCUGAAGUCCACCAGUCUGCAGCUUGAGUGCGACGAUUUGGUGUGUGCUCUUCUGCACCGCACCGCCGACACGAACCGUUUUCUCCGCGCCGACGCCACUCGUGCCCUAGAGUCGAUGGUGGAUCACUUACAGCCGCAGAAAGUACUGAACAUCCUGGCGGCGAAGGGAGCACAGCACCAGAACGCCCUGGUGCGCACCACAUCAGCAAAGCUGCUCUUCAGACUUGUAGAGCGACUGGGCAGCGAUCGCAUCUACGCCAUGGGCCGCGAGAGCCGCGACAAGUUCUUUGUGGUGGGGGCCAAUCUGCUGCUAGAGGGCAGUUUAGAGACACGCAGCUACGCCAAGUCCUUGUUCCGGGCCCUCUCCGAGCACCACAAUUACCAGCGAUUGCUUUUGGAGGUGAUACCACCGCGCACCUACAGGAAUGUGGAGAAGACCCUGAGGAGCAUCACGCGUUGAUUUCCGUAGGUGUCGAUGUCGAUCUGUACAGCAUAGGUUUAGUAGUCGAAGCCACUGGAAGCUUACAUGUUAAGGGCACAUGCACUAACUUUGAAUGAACAUUAAUCUAGAGUGUAUUCUAGAUUUAACCGUAGUCUAAUAAAAAUAUUGUUAUUAUCUCA